AGGGUUACCUAGGCAACCGGAAACUUUGCUAGACCAACCGCCAGCUUCAUCCUCCGCUUAGAAAAAAAUCUGCCUCUGUUGGUUUGCGAGUGUUACUGGUGCUUUUAACACAACACCGGGAUGGGUCAGCAGAUCUCAGGUCAGGGAGUUAUGAACCAGCUCCGUCAGAAGCUGGAGAAAUGUUUAGAACUGGUUCGUGACAGUCGCUACCUAACUUACGAGGAGUUCCUGGGAAGACUGGCUGAACUUAAUGACAUUACUGCUGAACAGCAGAACGACCUGCUGUUUGAAGUGCAGCCAGGAUCUGAUGCUACAGCCUUGUGGAAGGUGGCUGUCAGGGUUGUGUGUACCAAGAUCAGUAAGGAGAAUGGCAUGGUGGAAGCGUCGCAGAUCAUGAACCUGUAUCAGUUCAUCAAGCUGUACCAUGACAUCACCAGCCAGGCAACUGAGGUGCCGUCUGCAAAGAGCCCCUCUACUGAGCUUCCCUCCACUGACUCCUGCCAGGCCAGCAGGAGUGGUCAGAGCCUAAGCGACCUAGCGUGUCAUCUGCAAGUGACUGCUGCCAGCGAAUCGUGGGUAAUAUCUGAUCUUCAGAGACUACUUCCUUAAUGUGACUAAUAAGGGAGGCCACCCAUACAUGCUUUAAAAUGUCGAAUACUUACCUACGUAGAUAGAAAAUGGAGACAUACCCACAUAAGAAGAGCAAGAUAGAAAAGAAUCCAGCAGGUUUCUUCUCUUCUCUUUCUUCUCUUUAUAUUCUUUGUGACUUUAUAUUCUUUGUUCUGAAAAUGAAAAUCUCUUCUUUUAAGUCCUAAAAAUCCCAGGAUGCUUUUUGAAACCAGUUUUGUGAUAUGUUGUUUGAAGUGAAAAAUAAAUAUGUAUUUGUAUUUUACAAUAAAUUGUAACAUUUUAAUGGAACUCAGAAUAACCAAAUUUUGCUUACAAUAUUACUGAAGAAGAGGUGGUUGGGGUUAACUAGGCACUUUAUAAAACAAAUGCUGAUAUAUGUUGACAUUGCCUUCCUUCGAUAUGAAUGAGAGGGACACAGUUGCACUUUCUUGUAAAGUUUGAUAAGUAUGACUCAUUCAUAUCAUUUAAAUCAUCACAGAAACAGACAGUUUGCUGUCCAGGGAAAGUCAGAUGUCUGUAAAUGUAGGACAGCAGUUAGAUUAUCCUCAAACAAAGACUGGAAACAAGGAGAAAGGGCCGGCUGUAGCCAGUGUUAUUAAAUCAUCUUUUAAUAUGUUAUAUUUAAUCAUAUCUAAUUUGUUUAAUACGACUGAUUCAUGGCUAAGUUGCUUCAUGAAGUCCCUGCAGGACUGUUUUCAGCUUUUGGACAGCAUCAGGCUCUUUUCAUUCUGUUUGCAGUCUCUGUGCUAAAUUUGGGAACUGACUCUGGCCUUGCAGUGAACAUACAGACAGUAAAUUAGUAUUGAUCAAAUCUUAAACCUCUGGCAAAGAGCAAAUAAGCAUUAUUUCCCAAAAUGUCCUAUUCUUCCUUCAUGUGCAAUCCAAGACACCAAACAUACUUGUCGUAUUUGCCAGGGCUUCUGGACAAGCAGUAAAGUGAAAAUUUAUGUUCCAUCUAUAAAGCUGUUUGGAUGUCUGUGCAGUGUAUCCCUGCAUGUUUGUACCCCACAUGACAUGGACCAUGAGCUGUGUUAUGCGAAUCUGUACUAAAAUCCUGUUCUGGUGCAGUUCAGGACGCAGGACUGAAGAGUCUCGUGUGAUUUUAAUGACUUGGCUCGUUGUGGUGUCUUAACUGGUGUAAAUCACCUUUGCCUGUCAGCUGUGCUGAUUUGUCUAAAAGUGUUUACAUUUAUUUGUUAAGAUGAUUUUAAUCUGACUGUUGUAGAAAUCCUUUCCAUCCAUCCAAGUUGAUAUCAUAUAUAGGUUACAGUUAAGUUAUGAGUUAAAAUUGUUUUGUUUAAGUGGAUUUAAAGUGUUGAUUUUAUUAAAUGUAAAUAUGCAGUAGCAUAUCAUAAAAUGUUAUCUGGCAA